CGUUGGCGCUGGUCAUUCGCCAUUUGUAAUAUUAACGGCGUUUUGUUGUGGUGUUUUGGAGGCCGCAACAAAGCCGUAUUGUAGGGAUUUUAAGGAGCGCACGUGAUUUUGUUGUCUGUGAAGUGGCGUAACCAGAUCUUCAAUAAUGGUUGAUAAAAUUGAUAUGAGUCUUGAUGACAUUAUCAAGUCCACUAAAGGCAUCCGGGGUUUGGGUCGCCGUGGUCGCGGUGGCACGCAGAGAGGCAGUAGUAACUUCACCAGACGGGGUGGCAGAGGCUUUUCUGGAGGUGGCAGUGUGGCCUCGGGUCCCAUCAGGACGCGGCGAGGCGUUAUUCCGAGGUCAACGCCGUACUCUAGGGGGGACAUCAACAGCAAGUGGCAACAUGACAUGUUUGACGGAGCGAGUGCAAGGAAGGGCCGGCUCGGCAGCUAUGGUCUGGGCGCGGUGUCCGGCGGCCCGGCCAAGCUGCUUGUGUCCAACCUGGAUUUUGGGGUGUCCGACUCGGACAUUCAGGAAUUGUUUGCUGAGUUUGGAACGCUGAAGUCUGCUGCUGUCCACUACGACAGAUCGGGUCGUUCCCUCGGCUCUGCAGACGUUAUUUUCGAGCGACGUGCGGAUGCCAUCAAAGCAAUGAAGCAGUAUAACGGUGUUCCACUUGAUGGCCGUGCCAUGAACAUUCAAAUGGCCAUGUCGGAAAUCCCAUCGAUGGUGCGCAGCACUCGGCUAGGGACAAGCAACUUCUCCAGUAGUCGCGCAGCUCGGGGUGGCGGCAGAGGGGUUCGGGCCGGUGCCAGAGGAGGCCGGAGAGGCGGGCGAGGGGCUUCUCGCGGGGCGCCCCGCAGCGUCCCCACGGCCGAGGAGCUGGACGCACAGCUCGACGCCUACGUGAACAAGAUCAAGUAGGGUCGCCGUGUCUCCCCCCCUCCCUCCUCGCCGGACUGUGCGUGCGUGUUGCGACACGCCCUCGGCGGACAAGGGUACUUUGUUUUAACUUUCAUCAUUUCAUGACUUUUUUGUAAUACCGCGAAAUGGAAAAUUUGUGUGAAGUAUAAGAGCUUACCAAGGAUGUGCUCUCUCUGUGUGUGUGUGUGUGUGUGUGUGUGUGUGUUUUUUGUGUCUGCAGUUGUAACCUUAUGUAUUCUUGUUAAUGCAGUUUUAGUAUUGUUUUUUAAAUGCUUUAUUGUUGUCCUGACCUCUUAAACACAUACCUGGGACAAGACAAAUACAUUGUUAGUUAUUAAAGGCAUUGAUGAUGUGCUUAUACCUCAUUAUGCAUCGUGUGUGAUGCCCCGAGUGCUACUUGUAGAACUCAAUGUAUACUCUUACCUGGAGCUGGGCUAAUAUUUAUUGAUUUUGGUAUUUGGCAGAUUAAAAAUUUCCAAUAUUUGCCUGUAUCGGAAACACCACUUAACGAGCUAAAUUGUUCCGAUACCAGUUAUUGAUCAUCAUGUGCCUAGUCACGUGCAGUCAACAUCUUGACUCUUCAGCCCUCAGGAAUAAAUACCCCUUCCAAGUAAAUAUUUUUAGCAAAAAUAAUUAAAAAUUGAAGGAAUUGGCAUAAAAAUUGCACAAUGUGUUGCAAAUCUCAUGCCAAGCAUUGUUCUACGUGCAGCACAAGGUCUCUAGUCUGGAGUUUGCCUUAAUCUGCGAUCCAGCGGCCAGGCCAGUCGCCGCUCGCAUGCACUACUGUUAGUUCCUUCAAGUACUUAUUCCUUAACUCAACGUCCUGUUUAAAUUUUCAACUCUUGAUCGUGUUUAGUGCCAUCAUCUAAUUAUAACACAUGGAAUAUUAAGUGACAUUGGUACAGUUUGACAAAGUGCAAUAUUUGUCCAGCCCUCUUUUUUUAAUAAUAAUAAUAAUAAUAAUAAUAAUUUUUGUCCUGAUUACUUACAAGCAGAGUGUGAAAUGAGUUUUGUAGGUUUGACAAAUUUUCAGAGUUAAUUUAGAAAAUAGUUAGUUCUCAAAUGCAAAUAAUUUAUAUUUGCUGGCCUAUGCAUCUUCAUGUAGAAAUAUAUUGCUACUCCUGAAUGUUUGUGAACCUUAUAUUUUUUUAAAAUAAAAAUAAGAUAAAAAUAAAAGGGGGAGUUUAGUUUUGCCAGUUAUUAUUUUCAAACAAUAUUUUUUAUAAUAAGUAAAACCCUGUGUAAGGUUCCUAUUUAUGACAUUGUCCUGCUUGUUUACAACAUAAUUUUAGAGUCCUAGUAUUUUCUUCAUAAGAAUGUGCAUUAACUAGGCCUGUGCGAAUGUUCAAAUUUUCAAAUACGACUUAUAAAAAAUUUGUCUUCAAAUGUACCUCGAAUACUAACUCUUCAAAAUAAUGAAUAUUUGUUUCCUUGUGAAUAUUUGACAUAGCAUACCUCAUGAAUUAAUUGUAAACCAACGUUCACUGUUGAGGUUAAGUUAUUUGUGCAAUGUAACUAUUGUUUAUGGGGCUUCAUAAUCGGUAACUUGAAUAACUUAUGUUUUAAACAUGCAACAAGUAUUCAGUUUUUUUCACUUCUGUCUCGCUGAACAGUAACAGAAAAAAUUGCGUGAACAAUUCAAAGAACUUUAUAUUUGUCUUUUCAUACUUGAAAAAAAAAAUAUUAUUUGUAUUCUUUUCGUCAUGCCAAAUAUUGUGGUCGCAUGCACCAGUGGGAAAAAAUGAUAGUCGACAACCAUGGACUACAACACCACAAAACAUGGACACACUCCAGUGCAGUGGCCAUUAACGAAGUAAACGUCAUACUUUGAAUGGCGUAUAAAUGAAUAGUUAUAAUCACUAACACCAUGUGACACAAUAGCAGCUUCCUCACAGUAUGUAUCCAUGACGAAACAGAUGUUGACACUCUAAAAUAUAGAUAUAAAAAAUGUACAUAAUGGUUUAAGAUUCCAGAUGAAAUUAGCAUAAUUGUGUUUAUAAUGUUGCUGAAUCAAAAAACUAUUUACUUUACCACGUUAAAAACUAAAACUCAUGAAUAACUAGGAGUUAAAUUUGUAAAUGAGCUCAUUUUAUUUGGAAAUAUAGAAUUUUAAAAAAAUUCACAAUUUUUUGUGAAAUGAAAUGCAUUGGCUUUCACAGCAUUUUUCAGUUUGCGAAAAUCUUCUGGAUCAUUAUGUAGAGUUUCAGAUUCUGAAAAAUAAGGCAAAUUGGAACUAAAAGGAAAGGUUGGUUGGUUAGGUUAAGUUAGGUUAGCUGUAAGAUUAAAAACACAGUUUUUUACUUUACAAUUUAAAUAUUUUACAUAUAAUUAUUGUAGCUGACUUAACCUAGCCAACCUCUAACUAUAUAAUAUGUCUAAUUUUCCAAAAGUUGUUACAUGAUGUGAAAACAAAAAUAAUAGUAGGAUUGUAUCAUUCUUACUAUUCGAAUUCUCAAAUAAUUCGUUGUUCAUAUUCAAUUCAAACUAAAAAACUAAUAUUCACACAGACCUUGUAUUAAAAUUUAAUGUUUUAACAUUUUCUGCAUAUAGAAUCAUAAAAUAUGCUUUCAAAUUGAUUGCAAUCAAAUUAAAUGUAGUCAGCUAUACUGAUUGGUGUCGAAAAAGCAAAAUAAUUCAGGGAAAGAAUAGGUAACUUAAAUAUAAAGUGAAUAAUAUACUGCAAAUAAGCUCCAAAUGAAUCAGACAUCCUUAAGAGCAUCAUUUAAUUUGUGUGUUGAUACAGUAUUUAAAUGAAAUAAGUGUGUCUAUGGUUUCGGAAAAAGUGUAAUACAUGUUUCAAUUUAUAAUAGUUUGUCUAUAAAAUUAAUACAACUAAUUUUUAAAAAUUAAUGGAAUAGAGGUCCUAAAACUUCUAUCCCGGUUAUAAUUUUUCCUACAUAACAUUUUUGCUUGGAAUAAGUUAUAAUGGGGUUCUACUAUUUUGGUAAAACAGUAGCUGCAAUAAGUUUAAGUUUUAAAAAUUUAAUAUUUUUAUGUAAGAUAUUCAAUGAAUAUUAUUUUGAGAAGCAGUUUGUACCAAAGUUUAUAAAUUAGAAAACUUAAUUUACUCUGUUCUAUCAUGCAUCUAUUAGUUGAAAAUCUUUUUAACUGCAAAUGCUGGUCAAUUUCUUUUUAAUGUUCAGAAUGAAUCAGUUUUGGACCUACUCAUAACAAUAUAUUUUAUAUGCAAUACACCAGCAUUACACUUUUUUGUUGGAAUAAAUAUUACGAAACAGAAAUUAUGGAAAUAAAAAUAACUAUGACAUCUCUUGUGUUAGCUAAAUUGAUCUAAAAUAACUAACAGUCCUGUCGUGAUGUGCAAAAUGGGUGCUCAGUUCAGCUCUAUGCUAAACCACACAUGCAAAACUACUACAUAAAACUCCUUUUUUUCCCUUUAUAGAUGCCUGUAUCUGGCAUUUUUAUUCUCUGUCCCUUAAAAAGUUUAAAUAAGGAUAACUCACUAUAGUACCUAUAUCUAUUAUGGUGAUAACUUACACAAAUGGUUUCUGAAUUUGGUGUUAAGUAAAAGUUCAUCUUGAAGAUGUAGGCCAAUGUGAACGUUCAAAUUUUAGAAUACAAAAAUUUUAUUAAUUCAUAUUUCAUUCAACCUCGAAUGCUAACAUUUCGAAAUAAUGAAUAGCAUACCACUUUAGUUUGUCAUGUAACAACGUUCACAUUUAAGGUUGUCAUUUUUGCAAUAUAUGUACCCUUUUUCUGAUGUUUUAACGGGACUUCAAAAUCAAAAAAAUGGGCAGCAAGAAUUCAAAUUUUUUUUUCUCUCUAAACUUGAAAACAGACUAUUAUUUGUAUUAGUUUCAUCACACGUACCAGUAGUGGGAAAUAAAUAAACAUCUACAGCCAUGGACUACAAAUAACGGACACUCCAUUGUGAUGGCCAUUAAAAGAAGUGAACGCAAUAGUUUCACAGGUGUAUAAAUUGAUGGUCACGAUUGAUCUAACACCACACUACACAACUUACUUGCUGUAUGUACGUAUCUAUGAUGAAACAAAGUUCCUGCUCAAAAACAAAAUUUAUAAAAACCUAAAUAAAUUCUGAUUCCAGAUUAGGUAAGUUAACAGAAAUUGUGUGUAUAAUGUAGGUGAACUAAAAAACAGUUUACCUGGCUGCCAUUAACAACAAAAAUGAGUGAAUGACUAGGGUUAUAUAUGUAAAGAGUAUUAAGUCCAUUUAAUCACUAAUUUAGGAUAACAGCAUUUAACAAAAAAAUUACAUUAUUUUUAAUGAAUUGGGUUUUACUGUAGUUUUUAGUUCACAAAAUUUUUCUGAAUCAUUAUGCAGAUCAGCAAGUUCUGGAAAAUACUGUGAAUAGGAACUCAAAUGAAAGGUAAGUAGGUUCGGUUAAGUUAGGUUAGCUGCGUAAUUAAAAACACAAUUGUUUUCUUUCAUAUUUGAAAUAUUUUACAUAUAAUAAGUGUAGCUGACUUAACUUAACCAACCUUUCACUUCAGUAUUAUUUGUCUUAAUUUCCUAGACGCCACUGCAUAACACAAUUACCGUUUUUUUUUUGUUUGUUUUUUUCUGUGUUAACAUGGUGUAAAAAAAAAUUAGUGGGAUUUUAAUUCUCAUUAUUAAUAUUCAAAUUCCAUAUUCGAAUUCUCAUUCUUAUUAUUCAAAUUCCAAAUUACAGAAUUUGAUUUUAUUUGAUUUGAUUUGAACUAAAAGAUAGGUAUUUGCACAGGCUUACUAGAGAAGCAAAUUAUCAAUUUUUUUUUAAGUUCAAUGUUUAACAAUAUUUUUGUUAUUAUGUUGUAUAUUGUUGAUAUUUUUAUCACAUGUUCACAAUAGUUUCUUUUAGUGCUUUUUUUUUAAAAAAAAAGUUGUAUCCUUUCUAAGACUUUAAAGUUUUGUACUGUCAUGUAUACAAUGAAAUCUCAUUACAACAUACUUGAAAAAGAACCUCAUUUUAUGGUAUUUAAUGAUGAAUGAAAGUAUUUUUUGCUGGGCUGUUUUAAAUGUAAAAUAUUUUGUAGGGAUCUGAAAAGAAAUAUUUUAAAAUGAGAAAUCCUUGAAAGUGGGGUACUCUAUUAUGAGUUUCAAUUUCAUAUUCAAUUCAUAUUACUUAUUUUCUUUUAAGAAAACAAAAAAUCUGAUUACAUAAAGAUGGAAAUAUGAUUAUUGAUUGUUAAUCAUUUAUUAAAUACGUAUGUCAUGAUUUGUGAUAUGUAUAUUUACUUCACUUAGCUGUUAAAGAAUGUGGUAUAUUUAUUUAAGUGCAGUACUGCCUAUUUUUUAUUUUACAUUAAUGUGGAGGUUUGUGUUGGGAGGGGGAUGGGGAACCGACAAAUGUUAAAAUAAGUUACUACUUUGCCUUCAGACUUAAAAAAAUGCCAUGUUUGUAAUACAGUGAACCCUAUCAGAUGCUAGUUGGAAAGGAGUCUUGAAAGUUUCAAGCUCUGUGGAUGGUUGAAGUCGGCCAUGUCUGGGUUACACUGUAAAUAUGUUUGUUUGCACCUUGGUGCAAACAUUGUAAAUUAUAGAAAAAAGUAAAAAUUUGUGAUUUUUC